ACCCUCCCCCCCACGCCAGUCUCGCCUUUCCAGCCCCGCUGCCGCGGCCCGGCGAACUCAGCUCACGAGUGAGGCUGUGCUGGGCGGCGCAGGCACCCGCCAAUGGGCUAGAGAGCGCAGCGAGCAUCGUCCUCCGCCGGGCAGGCUGCGGCCGGGCGAGCAACAAUAAAUCUAAACAAUAAUUUACUGCAACAAGUGCUAGGAAGAAAACAUGAGGUACUGUGUAUCUUGACAGAAAAGAUAGUAACAACUCAAAAGUGUUUGGUAUCUGAACAUAUUCAGACAGAAGCAAAAUAUGGUGGCAUGGUGGGACUCCAUACAAAAAUUGUAAAGGUUUCAGUGAGCGAAAAUGGGAAUGUGAGAAAGGAUUCCAAUGUGGUGUUAGAGAUUCCUGCCCCCACCGCGAUUGCCUAUGGCGUAAUUGAACUGUAUAUAAAGCGUGAUGGUCAGUUCGAAUUCUGCCUGCUAGAUGAGCAAGAAGGAGGUUUUGAAAGAGAAAACGCAGAAGGCUCAUCUUAUCCAUAUUCUUUACCGUUUAGAGACUCUUCCUUUCUAUAUCAGCCAGACGCUGUGGAUAGUGACAGGCACUCUGGAGAUAGAAACAUCGUUCCCAGCGGUGCUUCCUUAAGUGUACUGAAACAAGAUCUGUUGCUGUUAAAGAUGCAGUUCCAACCCUUUGUGAAGCUUCCAGAAGACAAGCAAGGAGCUUUAAAUAAAAUAUUUUAUGAGUUCUUGCAUCAUGAAGAAAUGGUGACUGCACUGGAGGAGGUGUUAGAUAGUAUUUGCACAGGAGAGGAGCCGGAUUUCACGGACCUGAAGGAGUUGAAACCUCCACAGCAGCAAAACAUAACCGACUUCUUGCAGCUGGUCGGGUACAGUUUACAGAAUGAGCUGUUGUUGCAGAACGACCAACUUCAUUAUAAGGGACUCUUCUCAGCUGCUCACAUCCUGAUCAGUGCAGUGGCAGAAUUGUCUGACUACACACUGGCUCUGCUGCGUGCUUGCUGUGAUAUACAAAUAAUUCCUGCCUUGUGUUGUUUGCCUAAUGUCACUUCAGCUGAUGGCACUUUGACACUGAGAGAUCCUGCCCUGGCCCCUCUCACUGACACAGGAAGAUUUCACAUAGUUCAAAGGCUGUUCGCCCUAUCAAACAUUAACCUCGAAAUGAUGGAGUCUUCAGUGAAAGCUGUAACCAUGAAAGAACCCAGCUUUUUCCCAUUCAUUCUUUAUAUUGCAUUGUAUGGAUUUUAUGCCUUAGGCGGGACCAUCUGAGGAAAAAAGAAAAACCUAGAAUAAUAGCUGAAAUACUGCACUAAUAAAUGCCAGAUUUUCAGUGCUAAGAAUCCUGCUAAUUCACACUCGUAUUCCUGGGAGACAACUGCAAAUCACUGAAUUUUGUAACCAAGUGGGUGAGUAAAUGAACAUGAAAAAUACAAGGGCACCGCAUCCCAGCAUGUUCUUUGUUCAUUUAGGGCCUGGUCCUGCAGAGCGCCCUCAAGUACUACUCAACUCAGCACCUUGCAGAAUCAGGCGUUUAUUUUGUCAAUAGUAGUUUAGAUUGAUUUAUGGCAAUACUCCACAGUAUAGCAGAUACUCCAUGUCUCUCAUUUACUUUCCUAAAACUAAUCAAAUUAGUGAUUAGACCUCACUACAGCAUCUUUGCUGAUCACUUUUUGUGCAAGCUAGCAAGUUUCAGCAGCAUGCUAUGCUUAAAUUGCACCCUAAGCUCUCCCUUAAAAAUGUAAUGAUUCCUUUUGAUGUGUGUG